GCCGACAAUUGCACAGCGAGACGGUAUCAUGAGCGGUUGAUGUUCGCCUUUUCUUUCUGAAUCCGCCUUCCGCUCCCUCACCAUGUCCAGCACUGGCUAUAACUCUCAAAAUGGGGGGUCCGGGCCGCCUUACAGCAACGGUCCAGUUCAAAAUUCGUUGAUUUAUUCUCCACCAUUGGCGAGCCAAGGAUACCAUUCUGUUCUCCCAGGCUCUUAUCCUCAGCUAAUCCCAGCAAAGGCUGCCCAGCAUCCUGGCCAUGGACAGCAAAUCUCUAGUGUUCCUCAGACUGUACCACAGUUAGGUGGCCUUCAGACUGUUCAUCAGUUAAGUGGUCCUCAAAAUGUUCCUCCAUUAUCAAAUUAUCCUGUUUCUGGUCAGACCAUUAAUAGACCACCCAUGGGACAUGCACCAGUGGCAUCUCCACAACAAACAGGUGCCAGACCAAGGAUGCCACCUCCACCUCAGAACACUGCUGGUGAAGCAGCACCUGCUGUCAGUAAUGCUUCUCAAGGAAAUGUUCCUCCACAGUCAAAUUGGCAGUAUUUCCCAACACCUUUAAGCCAUGUCCAACCCCAGCCUUUUGCAAAUCACAUUUACUCCUCAGCAGGAUCUACAUCAGGACAACCAUCUUACCAAUCAAAUUCAAAUCCACCAACUGCACAUCAGUAUGUGGCUCCUUUCGGAGGUCCUCCUCUUCAUAACAGCUUAAUGAGUCAAGGGCCUCCCCCAAUGAGUCAGCCUGGUCGGCAACCCCUCGGAGCUCCUCCAACCUCAUCUCCUUCAAGAUCCUUAGCCCCUCCUCCUGGGCCACCAGGGUCCACGGCACCUCCUCCACCUUUGCAAAGUGCACUACCUAAGCACGAUGGUAUUUCUGCACCUCCAAGCAGUGACAGUUCUUUACACAACAGCUACGAUACAAUAGAAGGAGGUGGAUCUAUGGGUAUGGUGCAUCCAGCUCAGCCUCCUCCUCCUCCUUCCCAGAAUCCCCAAAUCACAAGGAGUGUUGGCAGUGCAUACCCAGCAUUACCACCUGGAUACCAGAAUGUAUUUCCAGCAUCAGGUCCUGGACUGGCACCCGCACCCCAGCAAUAUCCAAACCGGCCACAGCAGAUAACUCAGCCUUCCAUAAAUAAUUUGGCUUCAUCAGUUGGUGGCUUGAGCCUUCACCAUUCCCAGCAGCUGGAUGAGUUAAGAGCUUUGAACCUUCUCCAGGAGAGGAAUAUCCUGCCUCCGACACCUCUGAAGGCUCCCACUCCAUGCCUGCAGGAAGAUAUCCGGAAUCUUAACUGUAACCCAGAGUUGUUUCGUUGUACUUUGACUAACAUCCCUCAGACACAAGCUCUUUUGAACAAAGCCAAACUUCCACUGGGACUCCUAUUGCAUCCUUUCAAGGAUCUGUCUCAACUUCCUGUUGUAACUUCAAGUACGAUCGUCCGGUGUCGGUCUUGUCGGACUUACAUCAAUCCUUUUGUCAGCUUCUUGGACCAAAGACGAUGGAAAUGCAACCUAUGUUACAGAGUAAAUGAUGUACCCGAAGAGUUUAUGUACAAUCCUGUAACUAGGGCCUAUGGCGAGCCCCACAAGAGACCAGAGGUUCAGAAUGCUACAAUUGAAUUUAUGGCACCAUCAGAAUACAUGCUGCGGCCACCACAGCCCCCUGUGUAUCUCUUCAUGUUGGAUGUUUCCCACAAUGCAGUAGAAACGGGCUACCUGAACACUGUAUGUCAGACUUUGCUUGACAAUUUGGACUGGCUCCCUGGAAACACAAGAACAAAAAUAGGUUUCAUUACAUUUGACAGCACAAUCCAUUUCUACAGUCUACAGGAAGGAUUAUCACAGCCCCAGAUGCUAGUUGUAUCCGAUAUUGAUGAUAUUUUCAUCCCAAUGCCUGAAAAUCUUUUGGUUAAUCUGAAUGAGUGUAAAGAGCUGGUCCAGGAUUUGUUGAAGAACCUCCCACAAAUGUUCACAAAAUCAUCAGAAACCCAAAGCGCCUUAGGACCUGCUCUUCAGGCUGCAUACAAGCUGACAUCACCAACUGGUGGGCGCAUAACGGUCUUCCAAACACAGCUUCCCUCUUUGGGAGCAGGCGCCCUGAAACCCAGGGAGGAACCCAACCAAAAAUCAUCUGCAAAGGAAAUCCAUAAUCUAAAACCAGCAACUGAUUUCUACAAGAAGUUGGCAUUGGAUUGCUCAGGGCAGCAGAUAGCAGUUGACCUGUUUCUUCUUAGUGGGCGAUACUCUGAUUUAGCUUCACUCGGCUGUAUUUCCAGAUAUUCUGCUGGGAGUGUUUACUACUAUCGUGCCUACCAUAAUGAGCAUAAUCCAGUGCAAGUGGAGAAACUGCAAAAGGAACUGAAGCGAUACCUGACAAGGAAGAUUGGCUUUGAAUCAGUUAUGAGAAUAAGAUGUACUAAAGGGCUUUCCAUCCACACAUUUCAUGGGAAUUUCUUUGUUCGCUCCACGGACCUGCUUUCUCUUCCCAACGUAAACCCUGAUGCAGGAUAUGCAGUGCAGAUGUCCGUGGAAGAAAAUCUGACCGAUACCCCAGUUGUCUCCUUUCAGUCAGCUCUCCUCUACACCUCCAGCAAAGGUGAAAGAAGAAUUCGUGUUCACACAAUGUGCUUGCCUGUUGUUUCUGCAGUCUCAGAUGUGUAUGCUGGUGCUGAUGUACAGGCAAUUACAGGAUUACUGGCCAACAUGGCUGUUGACCGCUCCAUUACUUCAAGUUUGAGUGAUGCUCGGGAUGCCUUGAUAAAUGCUGUGGUCGAUUCGCUGUCUGCUUAUCGCAGUUCUGUACUGACAGUACAGCAACCUGGCCUCCUGGUUCCACAUUCUUUGCGGCUCCUACCUAUGUUUGUGUUGGCGCUUCUAAAACAGAAGGCAUUCCAGACUGGGACGAACGCAAGCUUGGAUGAAAGAAUUUUUGCUAUGUGUCAAAUCAAGAACCAGCCCUUGUUACACCUUCUGCUAAUGAUCCAUUCCAAUUUAUAUAGAGUUGACAAUCUGACAGACGAGGGAGCCCUGAACAUCAAUGACAGGACCAUCCCCCAGCCUCCCAUUCUCCAGCUGUCUGUAGAGAAGCUAAACCGUGAUGGGGCUUACCUAAUGGAUGCCGGCUCUGUAUUAAUUCUUUGGGUGGGCCGUAACUGUGGACAGAAUUUUUUCACUCAAGUCCUUGGCGUUCCUAACUAUGUGUCCAUGCCUGUGGAAAUGAAUCAACUGCCUGAACUGGAUACGGCUGAAUCUGCCAGAGCAAUAGCUUUUGUCUCCUGGCUCCGAGAACAGAGACCUUUUUUCCCAACAUUACACAUAAUUCGGGAUGAAAGUCCUCUGAAAGUAGCCUUCACACAGAACAUGAUCGAAGACAGAACAGAAUCUGCUUUAUCUUACUACGAGUUCCUCCUGCACCUGCAGCAGCAAGUGAACAAAUAAAAGUGCUGCGGAGAGCCGACUGCAAGACAAUAUCCAUAGCAGAAGCACACUUGGUGGCCUGCCCAUCUCCUCCUGUGCAUUACUUCAUUGUUGGGCCUCACGCCAUAAGAUGUGCAUACACUGUGAUUUCAAUAAUUCUAAUCUUCUAAGACAAUAAUUUGGAGAAUGGAAAGUGCAAGCACACACAGCAUUUUUAAAUUGGAUUUAAAAAAGAACAACAUUUGUGAUGCCUCUUUCUGCCUGUUGAAAUACUAAUAAUUAAAGAAUUGUUAAUUUUCCACUGCCAGAUGGGUCUUUAGACACUACUUAGGACUCUUUUUGGCACCAAAGCAUCCAUGAUUAUAUUCAGGAGAUGAAAAAGAGUGCGAUAAUAAUAAAGCCAGAUUUUUCUUCAGAAUAUCUAUUUUUUUCUCUUACUGUACGCUUUCCUGUAACUAUUAUUUUGCUGCUAGUUAUUUUUUUUUUCUGUAAUGGCAAGACUAAUUUCUGUAAUGGCAAGACUAAUAGAGUAAUUAUAUGAAUCCAUUUCUUAUUAACCCCCGUUAAUAAGAAACCGAUUCCCUUAUGACCAAAGUGAGCCAAUGGCAGGUUGAGACGUCGACUGUGUUGUGCAACGGGCCUCCGUAGAAGCAAUAGGAUUCAUCUGCAGAACAUAGAGAUAAGAAAGCAAAUAAAAAAGUACCAUGUCUUAAGAAUGUAUGUAAAAAUGUCAUUUAAAGGGAAAGUAAACUCUAUCAUGGUUCUUA